UUAAUUUCUCUUUUCUUGCAGAAAAUGAUGCACCUGAAGUCUCAGCUGAGUUACGGCUGCGCCUUGGCGCUCUUCAGCCUCAAUCUCUGCAUGCUGUCCAGCGCCGAGGUAGCCACGGGUCAAGGCGCUGCCAUCAGCAAUCUCUAUGACAAUUUGCUGCAGCGUGAGUACGCCGGACCCGUAGUCUUUCCCAAUCAUCAGGUGGAGCGCAAGGCGCAGCGAUCGCCCUCGUUGCGCCUGCGCUUCGGUCGCAGCGAUCCGGACAUGCUGAACAACAUCGUGGAGAAACGUUGGUUCGGCGACGUCAACCAGAAGCCCAUACGAUCGCCGUCGAUGCGUUUGCGCUUCGGCCGGCGCAGCGAUCCCAACUUGCCGCAGAUGCGACGCACAGCCUACGACGAGCUGCUCGAGCGUGAACUGACCCUCAACAAUCAGCAACAGCUGCUGAAUCAGCCAGCCGCUGGCUACGAUGCCGAUCUCUCAGAGGACUACGAUGCGGGCUUCGAGCGUGCUGUGCGCAAGCCUCAACGCUUGCGUUGGGGACGAAGCGUAAUCACCGGCAUUCUGAAUCUGGGCAAUAAUCGUUUGGAUAAAGAGCAGCGUAUACAAGCUGAAAUAGAACAAUAUUUGCGGCAGGCGCAAGAAGUGACCCGCAUGCUGAAGGCCCUGCAGCAGGAGUACGACAUCCCAGCUGGCGAACGUGCCCUUGAGUCGAGCGAAGAUCAGGACGAGGAGCAGGACGAGGACAAUGCGGAGUAUCAAUUUCAGCGCGAGUCUCGCAAGCCCAUGCGUUUGCGCUGGGGUCGUAGCACCGGCAAAGCGCCAGCCGAGCAGAAGCAAAUGCCGCUAGCCGCUGCUGUUUCUUCCGAGACAGCGUCCGUGGCGCCCAAGUUACAGAACUAAAUGAACAAACAGAAGGAAAUGAACAAAGGACACUCUAAGCAACAACUAGGCGGAAAUGUAACAAGACACACACACCGACACACAACACACACACAACACACACACCAAUACAAACGCAAAUGGCAUACGAUUCGAAACACUCGGCUGAGAAACAGUUUUUGCAGGCAUUUACGGUAAGCGCAGGGAGCUAAGGACACGUUCUAAAGAAUACAUACAUAUAAACCAUAUAUAAUAUACAUAUAUACAAAUACUUCAAUAUACAUAUGAUAUAUGUAUAUAUGUAUACACAUAACCGAUUACGUGUGUACAUUCUAAUUUUGUGCACCUAUUUAAUUGUAUAGACAUUUUAGCCCAUGAACUUUCUAA